GUGAAACUAAAUAAAAGAUAGUAAAUCAAACGGUCGCGUAUAGCUAUGGUUAAAAUAUAUCAAUUUGUGUUAAAAUUCAAUAAUGUUAAUAUUCAGAGAAGAAAAUGAGGACUACGUUUGCAUGAAAAGGCGAUUUCGCGCGGGGUCCUCCACUUUCAAUUUCCACCAUCAAAAAGUUAAAUACAUAAAAAUUGAUAAUAUUUUAGUUAUCGUCCGUUGUAAAGCAGUUGUAAAGUCUCUUCUCUUUCCGCACAGACUCAUUAUAAAAAUUGACAUAAAUAUGAAAUAAACUUUUUUGCUGCAUAUAUUUUUGACAAUGCCAAUAAUUUGUCAAAAAUAAUUGUGUCAAAUAUUUGAUUCAUACUAAAGUGUCUUUAUCUUAAAAUACGAGCAAAUUACGCUUACUUAAAUUCUUACCAAGCUCGUCAAAAUGAGUGCAACUGCAACUAUAACAUUCGACAGUGCAGCAAACGAGUCCCACCAUAGUCAAAAUAGCGAUGAAGCUGUCACCGCUAAAGUUAGCAAAACUGCGUUCUCGUUCAUGGAUAAGCGGCUUAACACCCGCGUUUUUAUGGACGACAUCGACUUUACCCCCGAUGACAUAGUGGAGAGCAGCUUUCCUACCAUGAUGGACACGUUUUCACACGCUGCGUUUGAAGUUCGCGUGCGCUCUGCCGUCGCGAUAGCCAAAACAGACAAGACUAAAGCAGACACGGGGGACGGUGGCCCGAAAGUGUUCGCCACAACAAUCUCCCUUGACGACAUAAAAAUCGAUCACACGCUCAACACUGAGGAGGGCUGCGCUCCCGACGACGUCGACCUAGACAAAGCUCCCUCCGCGUUCUAUUUGCCUAAAAAGAACCCCAUCAUGUCGUACCCACCAAAUAUUAUGUUAGUUUUCAAAGAAACCGAAACAGAAUUCCUGUUCGAGCUGCCUUCGUUUUCCUUUGAUAAGGGAACUCCCGAAGGAAAUGCAGUCGAAGAAGCGAAUGAAUUCUAUAACUAUAUUACUGUCGGGAAGGGCAGGAAUCGCAAAAUGGUGGUGGAAGAGACCCAGACUGAGCCAGUGGUAAUCCAGUCUCGGCAUACACUAGCGGUUCGACCGCAGAAAAAAAAUGCGGCGUCUUUCGCGUCCUUAUGGGACAUGCACGACACCUACGAGAAGCUGAAGCGAGCCCGCGCUAAAGAGGAACCUGACGAGAUGGUGCUAUACCAGUCCGCGGACGCGAAGCUGCUGCGUAAGAAGAAAGUAGUCGACACCGGCCCAGACCAGCAGCGAGGCAAAACUUUCCAAGAGAUAGGACAGACUCAUAAUUUCUACGAUGCAGUAAUGUUAACGGAACGUGUUUUAGCGGCUAAAGCUUAUUCAGAUGCGCAAAAGAAGUUCAGAGGACUCGUCCCUAUGGAUCCGCUCUCGCUCGACUUGGUGUACAUUUACACGAUCAAACGGCUAUGGACGUUUGAGUGCAAUGAGACCGAUGAUCAUCCCGUGGUGAUGAUGGCUUUCAAUCCUAGCAAUAAUAAUAUAUUGGCCGUGGCUUACGGUGACAUUGGUUGUGCGAAACAAUUCGAUGGGCUAGUCGCUAUCUGGUGCACAAAGAACCCUAUUAAACCAGAGCGAUUUUACCGCUUCGUUGAACCGCUAACUUCCAUAGCAUUUUCCGCAAAAAAUCCUAACUGGCUUGCUUGUGGCUUUGCAAACGGAGACGUUUUAAUACUGGACGUCACAUCAUACUCCAAGAAGAUUAUAGCUCAAAGUACCCGUGACACCAACCCCUGCUUCGAGUCAAUCUGGACUGUAACAUGGCGCGCGGUAGACAAAGACAACGAAUACGUUUUAACCACGUGCCAAGACGGAAGGGUGAAUCGAUUUACAAGUACGAAAACACACGAUUUUAUCUGCACGCCUAUGAUGCGUUUGUCCACAGUAGAAGGCAGUUUAAAAGGGCUUCAAGUUACAAAAGCAUGUCUAAAAGUGGAUGUACCAAUAAAUAGACAUCCAGCAGGACAUUGCAUCAUGUGGCAUCCAAGAAUCAGUCACAUUUACUACGUAGGUACGGAUGAAGGCUGCAUCCACCAAUGCUCGAAGAAUUAUCUAAACCAGCACAUGGACGUGUUCCGAGCUCACGCGGGCCCUGUUUACGCUUUAAACUGUUCCCCUUUCAUGAAGAACUUGAUGAUGACUUGCGGCGCUGAUGGGGCUAUAAGAUUGUGGGUGGAAGGGAUAGAUGAUGUUAUAAUGACGUUAAGUUGUAAAGGGGCAGUUUAUGACGCUGCAUUCUGUCCCGUUAAUGCGACUAUAGUUCUAACCGUAAGCACUAAUAUAUUAUCUAUUUGGGAUUUGAGGAGGAAGACGCAUAUUCCUUGCGCGGAGUACACAUUGACGGAACAGGGUAUCCUGACGUCUAUCAAGUUCGGUGCAGGCGGGGAUAGUGUGUUUGUCUCGGACAGUGUAGGGAAGAUCCAUACGUUUCAUUUAGAAGACACGCCAAUACCACCGUUUGAUCAGAGAAAGAUGCUGGACGACGCCAUCAAGAAAGCAUUGUGCACGAGGCCGAACCUGCUGAAGCAGCUUGAGAAAAUGGCAUCUUAUCAGAAGAGACGCCCUUAGCCUAAUUAGCGAGAUAUUUUAAAGUACAUUCAAUGUAUCAUACGCCAACUUCGUUGCAAAAUAGCGAAAGGAAAACGAGGUGCUCUAGCUCUUCAGCUAUUUCAAAACCUAAGACAGCAGUUUUUACCCAUAAUCGAUUCCUUAAACUACUGGGCGCGUAGCCAAUGUGCAAAUUGCUUACGCUCUGUAUAGCAAUCGAAACGCAACUGUCACUGCCAGACUAAUAUGGAAGAGUGAUAGAGACACAAAGCGUUUCGUUGUCGAAGCGAUUGGUAGCGAUUGUCACUUGGCUAGGCCGGCAGGUGGUCAAAGAUAAGAAAAAUCCAAUAGACAAGACUGAUCUUCAUAUAACAAAGGCACGUCAUUUAUAACUUCUCAUUUCUUUUUUAGGUGCAAUCAUGUUAUCUAUUUUAAAUAUAUUAAUUGACGUUAUUAUUCAUACAAUAAGGUUCCUAAUUUAUAUAAUUUCUUUUCUUUUUCUUAGGUAUAAUCAUGUUAUCCAUUUUAAAUAUUAAUUAACGUUAUUAUACUAUAAUAAAAUAUUACAAUAAAAUAAUUGUC